CAGACGCGUAUUAUCUGUUUGGUCAUAGUUUGCUUGUGAUUAAAGGAUCAGAUUUCUAUUUGUAUCGUCAUGGAUCCCAUAAUGGAUGUUAUAAAAAAUUCAGAAGAGCCGGAAUGGCUUGAAAAGUCAAUAGUUGGAGAAGUACGACUAUGGCAAAUUAUGUUCCUGUGUUUAGCUGGUGUUACGUCUCUGAUCGUGAUGUUGUGCUGUUGUUUCCGUUUCCGUAUACCACGCACAAAGCAGCAGAUCGAAGCGGACUAUAAACGUCGAAAGAUUACAACAAAGUUCCGCCAACAGCUGGAAACCAUUCAAGAUUCUAAAAUGGAUACCAUCUCACUUAAAGACGCUUUGGAAUUAUUACACGAGAAAACCCAUUCGAUGGAGGAAGAAAAUCAACAAGGAUCGCAACCUAGCUCUAUAAUGUCUCCGCAACAAAGUUCAUUGGAAGCUUUUCAGCCAGAAGGAAACCAGAAACCCGAAACUCAAACACCUGGACUCAAUUUCGUCAAGUUUGCGACUAAAGUGGCCAAUUUAUCCAAACUUUCUCAACCAAAAUCACCAACCUCGCCCACGACAUCUGACACCAAGAUGGAAUUUUAGUGUAAUAUAACUCAUAUAAAAAUCACAUAACUCGUGUAAAAAAUAUUGAGAAAUUAGUUUGGCAAGACAAUUGUUCGAAAUUCAAAAAACUUUAUACAGCUACUUGCGACAACUUAACAAAAAUUGUUAAACAAUAAUAUACCAUGAAAAUUAUCCAAUUAUAAAUUAUCUGUGUACGCUUUUGUAGUAAAUUAAUCAACCACAAUGGAUACAAUACCAAAAUUUAAGCAUUUGAAUCUUUCAUAUUUUCUGUCCUUUAUUUAUUGCAAUAAAAAUUAAUACUAUACUAUUGUAAUAAUAUCUUAAUAUUUUUUAAAAACUUAGCAAAGUUUAGUCACUUCAUAUUAAAAAUAUAAAUUUCUAUAAUGUAAUCAUAAUUUCAAUAAUAUAAUAAUAUAAUCUAAUUCAUUGAUGUUGUUAUCAAAAUAGCAAGCAAUACGGUCAUAUUUAUAACUUCUACCUCGUCAACAUAUUAAUUAUGGCUAAAAAUAUAUUCAAUAGUACAUCUUUACAGUAUUGUUAGCACUGCUUUAGAAUUUAGUCAAGUAGUAAGCCAUAUUAGUAUGACAUGGUUAAAAAGUAUGAAUCGCACAAAAUAAUUGUACAGCCAAAUAACUUUUGUGCUUGUAGCAAUGCGCCUUAGCAGAAAAAUAAAUAAACAAAUACUCUUA